GUCUCCACACACCAGUCCGGUAAUCUAUCAUUGGCUCCAGCCGAUUCACGCACACUCGCCGCCGUGACGAAUUCCCUUCUUUUAUCCACGUAGAUGCCGCAAUUAUCUCCCUCUCAUGCGCUUGCUGCCUCGCAAGUUGGAUGCAUUUGAUUUGAUCCCCCCGUCCCUGUGCUGUGCCUGUGGGGUAGCAAGAAUAAGUAGAAGUAGAAGAAGAGAGGAAGAGGCUGCCGCUGCCACCAUCUUUAUCGGCUGGCUGGAUUCCUCAUCUUCUCCCUUCCUUUCCUUUCCUUUCCUUGGGGCUUCUCCGAGAGAGACCCACCUCGCGCCCUCCCUCCCUCCUCUCUCUGGCUGGUCCCCGCUCCCGGGGAGCAACCCUUUUAGUGCAAGAUUCAAUCUGCUCCUGCUCCGCUCCGCUCCUGCCGCUCCCUUGCUCCUCCUCGCCCCGCAGAUUCGCCUCCCUCCUCCUCUUCUCCUCGCGCCGCGCGGCGGUUCUUGAUCCGGUCCGGUCCUGCCGCGUGCCGCUGGGCGCCGCUGCUCCGGCUCCGGGUCCGGCCAAAGAUUGCUGCUUGCGGGGUCCGCGGCGGCGGGCGGGUGGCUCCGUUCCGGCGGCGGCGGCGGCUCGAUCUGCGCCGGGGCUCAGAUUUGAUCGGCGUGGCGCGCUCCUGGAGCCCGGGGUUCCGAUUCGGCCGCGCUCCCGGUGUGCUGCCCCAAUUCCCCGACUUUGAUGAGGCUCUCGCACUGUGAGACCUACUGCGCCUCCCCCCUCUGCUACAUCCCCUGCCUCCCCAAAUCCAAAGAUGCACCACCAGCCGCCGACGCCGUCUCCGCGCCGCCCUGCCCGGUCGAGGACAAGCCGCCCCAGGUCCAGAAGAUUGAGGUCGUCGCGCCGGCGGCGGCGGCGGCCGACAAGGAUGAAGACGGCAAGGACCACAAGGAGCACGAGGACGGCGAGAAGACGGCGGCGGUGCCACUACCCAAGAGCAACCUCAAGAAGGCCAACUGCGGCGACGACGGCGUGUGCGCCCCCAAGGGCAAUGUGAAGUGGCUUGAUUUGCUGGGGAAGGAUCUCACCGAGGUCAAGGAGUUCGAGCCAAGCGAAUCCGGAGACUCAAUGGACGACGAAGGCAUCUCGACGUGCGUGUGCGUCAUCCAAUGAACCCAAGAAGGAAGGCUCAUGUACAUUUCUGUGAAAAUUAAGGGGCGCCCAGCAUUCGUUGCGUACCAGUUUCAUCGGUGCACGCCGCCAUAGCUGCUUCGUAGAUGUAGUAGAGGGGUGGGUGGGGGUUUUCUGCUGUUUUUAUGAGUCUCAGAUCCGUCGUGGGUGCGUGUUCUUCGGUGUGGGGUGGAGCUUUGUCCUGCUGGAGUCGAUACAGUACGUUUGACGCUCCUCUCGGUCGGGUGGUGUUGUAGUUCAGGGUUGAGACUUGAGGGUAUUGCUUCUGUAAAGUUCCCAAUACAAAAGAUGAUAUUCAUCAGAGUCGGAAGACAUA